AGGCGCUCAUCAGACGUUCAGCUUCAGACAGACAGACAGAGAAGUCGCGAAAAAACAAAUGGCGUAACAUCGUACAUUCGAAACGGGACGAGACCGAACUAGAGUUUGUGUAAAGAAGGACAGUGCGCUCGUUUUUAGCUAGAAGAAAUCAGAAUUCAUAGUCAGGAAUGCGGUUCGACUCCUGUUUCGUAUGAAAGUAAAGUUAUCUGUUGUAUUUAUCCGGUGUAUAAUAUAAUCCAACUUAUUUUAGCUGUAUAUUUUGUAUAGUGCAACUUUUCGGAUAACAUCCGCAGUGAACAGCAAAACUAUCUCGCGGCGAAAUAGAUAUCCGUGUCCAAAUUGUACAUAGAUUUUAUGUGUCUGAAACGGACGGGAAAUUCUCGAUGCCAAGCGAUAAUUGAAGCAUAUAUUACGCAUUUCCGGGAGGAAAAAUUCUCCCUGUACAGUUAGUGAUAGACAUUUUUCGGUAUUUUCACGUUCCCAUCUACCGGAGCCGUGUGUGCGAGCGAGAAACAAAGCGCUUCUGGAAUAUCCAGUCCGACCGAUUCCGCGGGUGAACAAGAAGAACAACACCUUCCGAUGAGAACGUGAAGAACGGUGGCAAGAAGUGCGGUUUUCCCUAUCGGAUCGCGAGUCCCAAGAGCCCAUCAAGUGCGUACUGCGAGUGAUUGUGUGCGUGUGGUUCUACUUCUGGAUCUUGAAAGAGCCCAUAAAAUAGCACAGUGGGCAUUGGUGGCAGACACGGGCGUGGAAGUGGCUGGUGCAAAAAGUGACCUCUGGAUGCAUCCAUCUCGCGAAGGAAGAAAAGCAUAAAGGAGUACCUUCACUAGUGGCCGUGGAAAAGAGAGGAGGCGAAGCAGUGUUUGUGUGUGUGCUUGGAGCUUCCGGAAGAGUCCCGGAUUGAUGAAGUUGCAGAUGUGUGCUAUGGCCAAGCAGUAGAAUCCUUGUGCCCGGGAAAUACAGUGCGAUUGUUUUUUUGUGUGGAUACAACGAAAAAAAAAGUCAUCCAGUGACCCUAAGUGAAGAGGAUAAGUACGCACCGCGCUUAGUUUGAAAACGGGCGACUUCGGUACGGUCUGUUGUGUGCGUGCGAAUAUUGUUACACUGGUAGAGUGGUGGAAAAGUGUACCGCAGUGCAAGCUGAGUGAUAAACCGCGACCAAGCAACAACAAAUUGUGAAUUUGUUUUCAAACAACCGGGGAGGAGCGACCACAACAAAGGAAGCAUCUUAUCUUUUCUUCGCGGAACAACUCGAGCAGGUCGUGUAGAUCUGACCACGAGUUUGAUUGGGCGUAAAGCUGCACUAUCCACUCGAGCCAGAGGCGGCUGCUAUGAAGCUGCUUGGGGGCCAUGACGAUGGCGGCGGACGGGGAGCGCCUAUCCGGUCACAGGACGACGCCGCAGUGGGCUACGUUUUUCAGCGGCAUCCAAACGAGACCGAGUUCAAUCAGUUUGCUCAAAAGCAGUCCCGGUGGGCUUCCGGGGACGACGCCAUCAUCGAUAACCAAGACAAAUGGAAAUACAAUCCGACCCUUACCAACAACAGUACGGGCGGAUUGCUUCCACCGCCGACCAUGCCUUCGAUGAACAAACAUCAAGCACAUCAGCAAAUGCAGGCCCAGCAACAGCAGCAGCAGCAACUGCCAAUGAUUAACCAUCCUUCCCAGCUGGCGAACCAUUUGAGCCACCAGAACCAUCUCAACCAGACAAUGCUCAAUCACACUGCCAUGGGCAAUGCGGCGGCAGCAGCAGCGGCUGCCGGCGGUAUGCCAACGAUGCAAAUGCCAAUGCAGGGCGCCGGAAUGUACGAUCACCUGCACCCGCCGAAUGUGAAUGUCAAUGGCGUUGUGCCGAAACAUCCGCAGGGCCAGGAGCAGUUAGUUUUUCUCGGUGGUGGACAGCAGUACGGUGUCCUGGCUCCCCAGAAUCAGUACAUCGCGAGGAACAACGCAGCGAUCACCACAUCAGCAACUAAAAAGCUCUGGGAAAAGGGUGGCAGUAACGAUGUUAAGGUGGCCACCGGAGCGACUGGGCCGCUGGCUCCCCUGCAGUUGCAUGGAUCCACUGAUCAUCAGGUAUGGCGUGACUCAACAUGGUCCUCGCAGGGUGACGCGAUAUUGGCAUCGAGGCGCAUUUUCCCACACGCUCCGGACACGAAUCCGACUGGAUCGACGGGAAUCUUGAGUCCACGCGAUUCUACCGGAGGUCUUGGUGUAAAAAUGGUUGAAUAUGUCCUCGGUGGAUCACCGACAAAUAAGGAAAGUCCGCUUGCUAGCUUAGAACCUCGUUUUAAGGGAUUGAAAUUUGAUGAUAAUGACAAGACAUCUGACGACAAAGACAAAGCCAACUCGCCAUUCGAAUCGAACGGUUUGAAGAAGGAGGAAGUAAACUCGACCAACGGAGUGGUGAUCGUAAAUGGAAUUGAUGACGACAAAGGAUUUAAUUACAUUUUUACUUCCAGUCGCACUCCCGGUUCCCGCCAACCGUCGCCGGCGGAGGAGCAUGUUCCGCGCGGCUCGAACCUACUGGACGCCCCGUCGCACCACGGUUCUGGCUUCCCUCAGCAUCCCUCGUUACACCACAUGCUCGGUUCGGCUGCUGCCGCCGCUGCAGCCGCAGUUGGUGCCGGUGGUGGUGCAAACGAUGUGGCCCAGCAGGCUGCUGCGUUGGGUUCCUACCAUCCCCAGAUGAUCAACCAGAUGAGCCAAAUGAAUCAGCUCAGUCAGAUGAAUCAAAUGAAUCAGCUUAACCAGAUGCAGAGUCACGUGAUGAACGGCGUAGGAGGGAUUCCGCAGAUUACGCAGAGUCAAAUGGUUAACCAACCCGGUCAGGGCCAUAACCAGAUUGAAUCAUCUGCUAAUCUGUUGCAGCAGCCACACAACUUUGAUGUACAGCAACUAUUCAGAUCAAAUCCAGGCCUCACAGCUGCCAACUCGGCAGUCCCGGGUGCACCGAACGGACAGCCACUGCCACAGUCAGCUCUCUCAUUAACUGCCCAGCAGCAACAGUUUCUAGCGCAGCAAAAUGCGGCAUAUGCAGCGCAACAGGCUGCACCGUAUGUCAUCAAUCCUGGCCAGGAUCCGUCACCGUACAUGGGUACUCUCAUCACUGCCGGUGUGCCACAGUACUACGGAAUGGCGGCCGGACCCUGGGGAGUGUAUUCUACCAAUCUGAUACCGCAACAGCAGUCACAGCCCCGAAGACCACUUACACCCUCACAACAGGGCGCCGAAAAUCAACCCUACCAGGUGAUAUCGGCAUUCUACGAUCAGAGUGGUUCGCUAGUGAUGGGUCCACGUACUGGAACACCCAUGCGAUUGGUGAGUCCGGCGCCCCCGGUGCUCGUACCGCCAGGUGGACCCCGAGCUCCACAGGCACCGCCAGCCAUCUACCCACCACAGCCGCAGACGGCCCAGCAGAACAUGUACUCCGCACAGAACGGAUCCAACGUUGGAGGUCUUGCCUUGAGCACAUCGUCACUGACCGCCCGGAGGGACUCGUUUGAUCGGAACACAUCAGCCUUCAGUCCGUCACUGGAUUACACAUCGGCAUCCACCAACGCCGUGGUGACUAAUGCUGCGGCAGCGGCUGCAGCUGCUGCCCGCAAGUGGCCCGUUGGGGCCGGUAGCUACGGUUUGAGUGCGGUGACAUCGGCUAGCCCUCUCGGUACCUCCAUUACUCCUCCACCUGUGUCCGGAUUGGGUGCUCUGGUUACUAGUCGCGCUCCGGGAGCUGAGACCAAGUACCGUCAGGUGAAUCCACUGGCACCCGGUAUCUCUGCCAAUACUAUGUUCGGGUCCAGUAAUUCGCUGUUUUCCAAACUACCCGGAUCAGUAGUACGGCCAACGGCAGCUGCGGCUGCUGCCGUAGCGGCUGUGGCCGCAGCCGCUCCUGGAUUGGAUCGUCCACCGGGACGAUCGCGAUUGUUGGAAGACUUCCGGAACCAGCGCUAUCCUAAUCUACAGCUGCGAGAUCUUACCAAUCACAUCGUAGAAUUCUCCCAGGAUCAGCAUGGCUCAAGAUUUAUUCAGCAAAAACUUGAACGGGCAACGGCUGUAGAGAAACAGUUGGUUUUCACUGAAAUUUUAGGCGCUGCGUAUAGCCUAAUGACGGACGUGUUUGGUAAUUAUGUUAUUCAAAAAUUCUUUGAGUUCGGAUCCCCCGAACAGAAACAACAACUCGCACAGCAGGUGAGGGGUCAUGUCCUUCCGCUGGCACUUCAAAUGUACGGUUGCCGAGUGAUUCAGAAGGCUCUAGAAAGCAUUCCUGCCGAACAACAGCAGGAAAUUGUUCGUGAACUAGACGGUCACGUGCUCAAAUGUGUUAAAGAUCAAAAUGGAAAUCACGUCGUUCAAAAGUGCAUCGAAUGUGUUGAACCUAACGCAUUGCAGUUUAUUAUCGAUGCAUUCCGCAAUCAAGUUUACUCAUUGAGCACACACCCGUACGGAUGCCGAGUUAUUCAGAGGAUACUGGAACAUUGCACUACAGAACAGACUGCACCGAUUCUGGCUGAACUGCAUGCCAAUACCGAACAGUUGAUCCAGGACCAGUAUGGCAAUUACGUCAUUCAGCAUGUAUUGGAACAUGGUAAACCAGAGGACAAAUCGGUGUUAAUUGCUGCCGUACGAGGUAAAGUGUUGAUUCUAUCGCAGCACAAAUUCGCUUCCAAUGUGGUUGAGAAAUGUGUUACACACGCAACCAGAGCCGAACGUGCGCUGCUGAUUGAAGAGGUGUGCUCGUUCAAUGAUGCCGGUCUGCACGUGAUGAUGAAGGAUCAGUACGCAAACUAUGUGGUACAGAAGAUGAUAGACGUAUCGGAACCGACCCAGCGCAAGGUGCUACUGCAUAAGAUACGUCCCCACAUGAAUUCGCUGAAAAAAUACACUUACGGUAAGCACAUCAUUGCCAAGUUGGACAAGUUUUCGCUCAAGACGCCGAAUACGAUUGGCGGUAGUGGUGGCACCGCCGGCGGAGUAGUUGUAGGGGCGGGCACCGUCUCGAACAACACCGGCCCAGGGGUGGUCGAUGUUGGCAAUGGAACAAACGGAACUAACGGAGCCGCCACCGUCGGUCAGCAGUUAGUUAGUGCUAACGGGGGUGUUCCCAGCGGCGGAAGUAACGGCGUAGUGGUUAGCAAUAGUAACAAUGUAGGAGUUACCAACCUGGGUCCCAUCGGACCACCGCCCACCAAUGGGGUGAUGUAAGUUCAGUUCAGUGAAUUGUAAUCUGUUCAAUUCAGUAUGCAGGCAGAAGCUGCUCUGUCCUGCGAUAUCCAAGAUAAAUUAGAAUGCGCAGCCACUUUUCCGAGGGGUAGUGCGAGUCGGCACUGUAAUCUGCUUCGUGAAUGUGUCUUCGAUCGGCGGAGGAAAUGCACAGAACGAUCUUUUCGUAUACAAAAACGGAACAUCUGUAAAUAUUGUUUUAUAUUCGGAGAUUUUUUUCUCUCUCGCAAAGCUUUUGUUAGGUUAACGAUGGCUUUUUAAGUGGCAGGGUCAGAACCGAAAGACUUUGAGUAUUUAGGAACAAACUAUUGUUAUUCGAAUGAUGUACACACUAUCUCCCCGAUCAGCUAUUAAGUUAUUCUAUAGGCAGACGGAUCUCAGUCCUAAGAUAUAGAGCAAAUCGAAGAAGUAAAACGUAACCGAGAUCGGUUUUGUAGGAACGACUGUUCCUGUUAUGCCGUGUAUGAUUUUAGGGAUAAACAUACUGUAUUUUUAGAAUGAAAUAUUCUCCGCGAUAGAAGCGCAUUCCGAGAGAGAUUACCAGCAUGAUGUAAAGCAUCCUCACAGUUUUAUUUUAGCAAACACCGUUUCAGCCAUACAGUACAGUCGAAUGCUUAGUAGUAACCCGAAUUACAAUUUCAAAACCCAGAGAUUAUUGUGUCAGAAAAGUUUUAUUCCAUAGUUUUAUCCACAAACAAACACAACCCGUUAGUUUAAUAUGUCAGGAUAAUAGUCUGAUUCAGAAUAACAUUUAUUUUCCGGCUGAAAACAGUAACGACAGUAACAGAACAAACAAGCAAAGCACUUUAAGCUUUUCGAAUUAUUGUUGAUUAGAGAAUUUUCAGCAGAGUUUGACGGUGUACGAGACUCUUAUUGUGUAGAAUUUUUGCACUCAUAUAGAUAUAACUUAUUGAUCAGAGCAAAACGACGCAUUGUAAGAAGGAAAAGUGAAUAAGGAAAUCAUUGUCGUUAAUAUUUUAGGUGUACCAUGUAUUGUAAUCAACUUAUAGUUAUAGGAUUGGCCGGCGGGCAGAUGAUGAAAGCAAAACAGUUUGAAUGUGUAAAAAUCACUUAUAAAUAGUAGCUUAUUGGUAGACCUCGUUUUUACUAGCACACCGGCAGGGUGUAGAGAUCCACAUGUUCCGGAUCGCCUUAAGUCGUCGUGCGCUCGGUAGCAGAAGAACCGUAGACUAAGCGAAAAAUUGAGAUUUGUAUAAUUUGUAUUAUUUGGUUCACUUGUAUAAAAGAUAACGUAAUAACAGAAGAAAAAAAACAACGCAAUUGCGAUCAAACAGACAAACACACACAUAUUUUAAUGCGGUUUACUGUUUUACCAUUGAUGGAGGUUUAUCGCCUCUUCGUUGAAGACACGGCUACAAGAGAGGCUCAUUCAUCGAAACUAUGCACGUGCGAGAGCCGUUUGCAUAGUGAUCUGCCGACGACGACGGCGGCGCGAUACAAAACUGGAUAGGUUGAACGAGACAAAAACCAACCGCGUAGCUAUUAUCAACACUGGGAGUGAACAUGGGCGUUGUUCGAACGACAUGCUAAUUUGAAAAUAAUUUCCAUUCAUUCAUUUUUGCUUUUCAUACUGGCGAAGCGUACAAAACACUCCCAAUCAAACCUUCGAAGAUGCAAUUGUCUUCGAACGAGACGGAAGUGACGUCUCUUCGAAGGAAAUCUUGCUCUGUCUGUCUGUGGAGGUGAGUUUUCUUAUUGCCCCAAACUUGCAUCAUCGAAGGGUACCCAUUUACGUUAGUAGACGCCAGUGAGUAAGGAGAAUAUAACGAGUUUUACCCGCUUUAUUUGAACUCAGACUCGACAAGUGGACGAAUCUUCGUGUAUAACAGAAGGAAAAGAGACGAACAAUGUAGGUUUAAGCCGAUCAAACAUUUGAACAUUUUCCAGCUGGGAAACUAAAAUUCAUAGAACGUUUAAAGGUGAAAAAAUGAUAUCGGUUAGUUAUUUUAUUAAUAGAAAACAAGCUGGCAUAGGGAUCAUUUUUUCGGAGAAUUUGAAUAAGUACACCACGUGGGUCACAGCCGCCGAUAGAAACUGUGGUGCACAGGGUGUUCAAGCGCGAGGAGUUUAACAUUACACAUAUAAUCAGUAAUCGUAUUGGUAACGAACAAUCAAGCAAAAAAGUAAAGCAAACAAAAACAUAGCUUCGGGAGUUUCCAUCCACACGGUGGUGUCUCAGGAAGAAGGAUACGAGAAAUCGUCAGGUGAGGUUUUGAGAUCUCCCGGGGCUGCUCUCUAUCGUUCUCGUUUUUCUCCGGAAUUUCGACUAUUUUCCAUUUAUAUUUUUCUUCUCGUUUCAAAACUUUACAAGAAACAUCAAUCUUGUCCUAGCUAAACAUUAUAUGGUCAGAAAUAAAUUUACUUGAAAUAGGUAAGACAUAGGCAAACUAGGACUGCUUCGAAAAACAAAUGUAUUUUUGACACCCACACACAUUAGUAGUGAAAAUUAAGCUAUUAUUGAUGAACCAUCAAAUUUGGCAUUGACCAUACUAAAAAGCAGUGUGGGAAUUUUGAAAACUAUCCUCAAACUCUACUACUUAAGCAUUUAUAGAGGAUAUAACAGCUAAUAUCAUUUCAAGGCCUGGAAUUAUGGAAACGUUUUUUAAUAGCAAAGCUGUGAGCUCAAUCACAACACAAGAAUUAGUAAUGCAUCAAAGCAUUGCAGUAAGACCCUGAACCAUGAUAGCAUUUAUUACGCAACAGAUAAAGUUGGAAGUAAACGAACGUUUUCCUCUCCAAUAAUUGAAGGUAGUGUUUAAAGGCAGAACGAUAAUAAAAAUAAGAAAAAAAUGCUAAAAAUUCGAACAUUUGCAUAUAUCUAUAUCUAUAUAAAUAUACAUACAGUAACAGACACAAAAUGAAACUAGUAGUGUAACAAUGCGGCGAGUUUCCUGUUUCACAAGCAUUAAUUUCCUGUCAAUUUUUCAUGUAAUGGUAAAAGUACUAACGUAAGCCAGUGUAAAAAUGAAAACAAAACAAAAAAAACAGAAACAUCUCCACACACCCCCCACACUCAUAAUAAUGUAAACUAGCAAACAGAGGGCUCGUGUGGUUCUGUCGUAGUAGUGGUUAAACGUACUCAAUGUGUCCACUUAGUAGACUAAACCGUGCAGCGAAAGAUUUUCGUUUUCGGUAGAUGUACAUGUACGACGAUGGGAAUUACUUGCUCCGCUGAAGCGGCAUGGGUGUUAGUUAUUUAAGACAGUGUGCUGCUUUUGCACAUGUGUUACAGGAGAGGAAAGGAAAUCAUAUUAAAUAGCAUCUAUUUUCACAAAAGCUCCUAACGAACGAUGGAAAAAUGAUAGCGAUUUUCAAGAAGAAAAAAAAAAUACACAUACAGCUGCUGCACAGUGGUAGUGGUUUUUAAGAUCAUUUAUUUACGGAUUUAUUUUAAAGCUUAGUGUCGAAGUAGGUGGUGUAACUGUAGGAGCAAAAUCCUACUCAAUUGCUUUUGAAGAUUUUGAUCAGUGAAAAUUUUAAACAUUAUAUUAGUGCGCAUUUUUUUAUGAUACAAUAUGACAACUAUUUAUUGCUUAUCUUUUUUGAUAACUCUCUUCUUCUUCAUCAUCUCAUACCUUCCGGUUAUCGGCACCUCACUUGAGAUGCCGCCAAUACACACAGUUCAGAACUGCACAGGAAAUGUAAUUAUCCUGCCUGAUGGAGUGUUCCAGAGGUUUUCCAAUUAUUUUAACCUGUCCGAAAUAUGUUGUUCCGAGAGGUCUGCAAAAUACUUCUCCGUGGGUUUUCCUCACAUGAACUGUUUUUCAAUCAUCUUUUGAAACAUAAUAGUCAGGGAGAAUCAAGUUCGGCCAAUUAAGUGGGCGAGAAAACAAUGUGUGUGUCUACGCAUUGAGUUGUAAAAACUUUGUUUCACUAUAAUUACAGCCUUCAAUCACUCCAACAAUGCGCAAUAAUACUAGCUGUUGAUUGAUUGUUUAUCCUUUUUUGAUGUAGUUCACAAAAAGCAUGCCAUGAGAACUUCGCAGCCGAUUCAUAACGUACAGAAUCAUUGCAUGGCUAGUACUAUAAAUCCUACUGACACUAAAAAAAUCCUUCCAGGUCGGGGUUCGAACAUACGACAACUGGCUUGCAAGACUAGCGACUUAUGCAUUGAACCGCCAACUCGGGCUAUUUCACGAUUAAAGUCUCAUAUGAUCAUUUCGAACUCUUACUUGAUUGCAAUGUAUUUAAUACGUAAUUUCGAUUCAAAAUUUAUGCACAAAACUAUUGAGUUCCACUUCACCCGGAAUCUGGCCGAAGAUAUCAUUUUACAAAUAUAUUCAGUUGUUAGACAGUUUAUUGAUGAUUUUCGAAUGUCAAUUUACUCUAUAAUAAAAGAAGACAGCUCUUUCAACAAUUGAACGUAAACUAUAUUCAAACAAUACAAUAGCAAACUGUACUGCUUGACGUAUUGGAAGAAUUUUUUUUCGAUUCCGCAUUUGAAGAUCGAUUAUUGCACCCAAACCGAUUUGCACCCUCUCAAUUUGCUGCGAACGUAGAAUUCAAUUGCAUUUGCAUCCAGUCGAAGCCGCUCCAUUGUCCAAAUGUCAUCAUAGAUUCAAGAAGAGGCAAGUGUAAAGAGCUUGUUGUCACUUAAUUUUGUCACCAUGUUUUUAUUGAUUCAUAACUCAUUUCUGAAAUUAAGUAGACAACAUAAACCGUUAUCCGAUAACUCUUCGAUUCGCUACCACUCGCAGCAGCUGUUGUAUAAGUUUAUUUAAGUUUAGUUUAGUUGUAAUGUUUUUUUUAAAUUGUACUAUUAACAAUACUAGCUAAAGCAUUUUCUCUUCGUUAGUUUUGCGACUGAAACCUUCUAGCCGGUUUAUAAGCGAAUGUCAUCUGUUCUCAGUGUAAGUAGAACAUUAUCAACCCUCCGUCAGUCACAGUUUCAGGACGAAUGCAUUCACAUUCAACCUAUCCUACCCGACUCUUGUUUUGAGCUUAAGCAUUGAUCAUAGAAUAAAAAUCAUGGAAAACUUGACUGGAGCUGUCAACCUAAGUUCUAUAUUAAUCAAAUAUGUGAGAUACUUUACGAUGCUAAUUAAUUUAUUUAAAUGAAAAAAUAAAAAUGAUGAAUCUGAUUCUAAAAGAUUUGAUUAGUGACACAAUAUAAACAGUCCCUAAGAUGUAAGUUCUCUGAAAGUAAUGGUAUGAUUACUAGGUAAACUACCUGGUUUAAUCUGCCAAAAAAACAUUGUGAUCGGCGGAGGGUUAAAAUGUAGUUGAAUUACUUUAGGUUAGAAAUACGACAGUCAAAGUGCACGGAAUACUUGGCGAGGGACGUUCUCUUUUCGCUAGAAUCUCUCCUCACUGAUUGACUGCACACACACACGGGCUUCGAAUUCGGAACCUACGUUUUAGAGAAGACCCGUCCGUACUCGCCAACUGUUUAGUGCACUGGGACCCACCAUCAUGCGGCUAAUGGUUUUAGGAUAAUUUUCUGUCACCAAUUUCGGUUUUCAGAUAAUAGAAUAGAGCAAACAAACAAACAAAAAAUACAGCACAUUUUCAAAUGGCUGCAAUGAAAUCUUUUCGACCGACAUGUAGUUUUUUUUCUGUGUUAGGAAUCAAUACUAGUGUAGAAUUUUCUAACAUUAAUAUUACUAAAACCGACAUCUGAACAGUGGAUUUAGUAUAAAAAAAUAAAUGAAAGGGAAAACUUAAAUGGCCCGAAAGUGGAUGAAGAUAAUGUUGUAUAUCGCUGUACAAAAUUUAUAUAGUUAUUUUAUACUGAACAUGGGCAAACCAGAAGAAAACUUUUAGCAAAUCAGCAUAAAACACGCGAAAACCGACACUAUUUUUAACUGUACAUUAGAACACUUGUAGAAAUUGAAAAUAUAAAAUAACAUCGCCUCCUCGAUCGUUUGAAAUUUUAAAUCAGCAGUUACUCAGCUUCGGAUAGUUGUAAAAUUUCCUGUAUCAAACAUCCUUGUGUUUUAUGGAAUCGAGUCACUUUUGUACAGUUGACUCAUCAUUACAUUGCAUCCUGCUGUGUCUACUUCUAAUAGUGACUUCAUUGUUGCGAUGAAGAUACUCGAACAGAGUAGAUGUAAAUAACCCGUUGUAGUAUUAGUUUGAAGUGUUGUUGAUCACUUGAUCCGAAAACGAGCAAGAGAUUUUCCAAUGUGUCCUUGGAUGGUGUAAUCAGUUUGUUUUUUUCGUCCGUGCAAUUCUUCAUUGCAGAACGGCCGAAAGGAUGCCGAGUAGUGUAACUGUAUAGGAACGCCAUUUUGUUAUUUGUUUUUAUCUAUGGAAUCUAUUACGUACGAGUGCUGCGUCCCGGACGCAGUGCUAUAAUGAAAACAACACUAAAAUAUUGUCAUUGAAAAGAAGCAAUCUCAGCGACUAUAGGCACUCCUUAAACCCGUACAAGAAUCUAGCAGAGAGGACAGUUCGUAUACAGCCCGUGAGAUCGAAAUGUAUAAAAAUGUAAUGAAAAUAAUUGUAAUAUGUUUGUAAAUCGGACUUUUUCUAUAAAUAUAUUUUAUCAAAGCAAAACCACGCGCGAACCUGUAAAGACAGAUCAUCAAAAUACGAAAAAAAGUAAUCAUCCAGUGUUAAGGCAAAAAUCGUGAUAUGUACAGAGAAGUUUUUUUACUAACCCGACGAAGAAAACAAAAGAAGAAAAAAAAGUCAACCAACACAAUCUGGAACAAAAUGAAACCUGGUUCGGUUUUGUAUAAAGUACAAUUCAAACUAUUCGUUGUAGCCAGUUGAGAGUAUUUAUUUAACACUUGCCUAUUAUAGAGCAUAACGUAACAUACACACACAAACACUCACAUUCGAAACCGGAAAGUACAGUCCCGUCAGUGAAGUAUGUAAUUUUGUUGUGUCUACAACAUAUUUUUGACUAGAAAGGAAAAACGAUCUGUGAUUAAAUUCUUCUUCUUCUUCUUUUACAAAUUAUGUUUGUUCAAAUAUUUUAUAGAAAAAGAAGAAAAACAACCAGCUUUGAACAUAGUGCGAUCGUCCGAUCGCUGUAAAAUGUGUACAAUUUUAUAAAUAGGCUAUUUUAAAAAUUGAACGAAGUGAAAUUAUUGAAAAAUGUUUCCGCCUUCAGGGAUCCAUAGGACAAACAAACAAAAAAAAAAAAUAAAAGAAACAGGAAUACCGAGCAAAUGAAAUUUUUAUCAAUAUUCAUGUGUCGUGGAUGUUUAUUUUGUGCGAACAUCGUUCUUUAGAAUGCAUUUCCAGGAAGCGAAAAUAUUUUUGUACAGCAAAAAUAAACAGCAAUUUUUAUACGCAAAACGCACAGAGUUCGGACUUGAGAAUUUUGCUUUGUACAAUAAUCGUGUAAAUUUAUUUCCCAAUCUCACUGAUUUGUAAUUAAACAAACGGAAUCUAAUGGCGAACUGUAGAAGGAGACUCGACCUAACGCAAGGGCAAACUGUACAUUUUUGUGAAAAAUAUCAUCUGUACAAAUGUAACCAACAUACACAUUCACACAAACACUCACACCGAGACAAACUAGCGAACGAAAAGACCCUUUGGGAAAGAUUGCAACUUUGCCAACCGAAAAAAAAGAAAAACAGCCCGCGAAGUGGCAAACUCUAACAGAUAAAAUCAAUGACAAUAUUUUUGAUUUUCAUUCCGCUUCAAGCAACACGUUUUUGCAUUUGUGACCAGGAAUAUUCCUUCGUUGAAAAACAAAUUUUCGCGCCCGGCAAAUCCGGUGUACUUUAGUUGAACACUUUGCUUGACGAUUCUAGGCAAACAAAAAAACGCUAAUCCAAUACGAAACAACAGCGAUGUAUAUAAAAUAGUCACAAUAGGCAAACUCCCGUCGGUUUAAUAAAGAACAACAAAUUGCAACAUUCUAGCAAUCAAAUAGGACAAGUUGUGAAAGAAAACUGCCAUCACUCGCAAGUAAAAUUGUAUUAGAAUGAUGAACUAACUGUUAAUAAAAGUAGCUGGCUUUUUAUUUAUUUUUUUCGAAUUACAGAACAUAAUCGAAUGUGAGGCACAGUCGUUGUCUCUCUAUUUUUUCAUGAUACAUCCCAAAAUAGUUAAAUCUUCUACAAUAAUAGCAACAAUCAAAACCCAAAAUUUAUGCAAUUCAUGUCACAGCAUUGGACUCUUGAAUCAAAAAUUAAAGACGGUCAAAUUCACUUCAGUUGAUUGAAAUUCAAGUAAUUCCUUCUACCAGAGCAGAUAUCACAAGGACCUGCUGAAAUUGAACGUGGAUAGAUUUCCAUCGGAAUGUUUCAUUUUUUUUCAGCAGACAUUCAGAAUAAACUGGAACGACUUUAUUGAGUGUUUUAUAGCUACUACUAAAAUUCACGAAUCAUUUGCAGACCCGUUAUAUCUUAUGAUCGUAGAAGGCCGUUGCUUUGUCCAGAGAAUUAGCUUGUUUAUUUUAUUUCUUAGUAGGCUGAGUAGACCGAUACACAAAAGAAAAGCCUGCUCAUUUAUUAUAAACUUAUUUUCUGUGUCUUGAAAAUAUUUUCGACAAACAAGAACGUGAAUGAAUUAAUUGGAAAAAGGGUGUAAAGUGUGAAGCUUUGAUAGACAAAACCAAAUAGCAAACGAGUGCGGAUAUGUUUUUAAUUUCAAAACGGACAGUCAUUUCCGAUUCGAGAAUUUUGAUGCGCGUGAUUGGCACAACAUCGGAGGGCCAAUCGGACACUAAAUUAUGAGGCGAUGGUUAAAAUUUAAUUUAUUAAGUACGAUGCAAAUAAAACAUUAAAAAAAACUACUCCCAGCUGAGACAAACGUAUGAAAUAAACAGAGAAAAUAAUUACUGAGAUUUUCCAAUUUUAGCUUUAGUUUCAAUAAUUUUAUCAGUAAGCAUUUUCACAUUUUAUGCUGCUCUAUACAUUUUUUUAUUCGAACAAUUGUAAACAAUGUAGGUAUUUCACUUAUAUCUUUUUUUUUGCAAGAAAAAAGUUGUAGUUUAUAGCGGUAAAUCAAACAGAGAAUAGACUUGCGCAUCAUUUCGUUUGCUCAUCAUUUUCCUUCAUCUGUAUGUUUCUGUAAUUGUCAUAACAAGCGUGUGGAAACGCAGCUCUCCUCUAUCAUUAUAAUCAUUUAACUAUCAUUAUAAUAAUGAAUAAUACUACUUUUCUGAUGUAAGCAAAUAUCGUACAGGUUGUAAACUGAGGACAGCUUAAUUUAUUUUAUGUUUCUUACUACUGUUGGAACACUAGCAACGUCAGUUGGUGAGAGGAGUAGGAAUAACAGUGAAAAAGUAAGGGAGGAGAAUGGAAAAAAAUAAACAAAAAUUCAAUACUAUAUGUAUAAUUUUUGGAGAAAUACUUUGAAAUAAAGCCCUAUAAAUAAUGCAUUAUAUAUGAAAAUAAUAUUAAUAAUGAUGCAACUAUAAAUAUUAUACUAUUAUCAAGUAAAUAUAAAUUUUCUGUAAUAUUGAA